AGCGGGCCCGCGAGCCGGGAAGCCGGGAGUUGCGUGACGAAGGAGGCGCGUGACGGAGGAGCGGUUGGCUGUCGCUGCGACUGCUGUCGGAGUAAGCAAGGCCUCGAGCCGCUGCAGGUCCUGCGACCGCGCCCGGCGGGAGGUGACAGGAGUCCCCAGCCCAGGACCUAAGGAUGCUGUGACCAGAAGAUGGGAUCCCGCAACAGCAGCAGUGCAGGAUCUGGGUCUGGAGACCCCUCCGAGGGCUUGCCCCGAAGGGGGACUAGCCUGCGGCGAAGUGAGGAAGAGGAAGAGGAGGAUGAAGAUGUGGAUCUGGCCCAGGUACUGGCCUAUCUUCUCCGCAGAGGCCAAGUGAGGUUGGUGCAGGGAAGAGGUGCAGCAAAUUUACAACUCAUCCAGGCCCUCUCCGACUCAGAGGAAGAGCAUGAUAGUGCCUGGGAUGGUCGUCUCGGGGACCGAUACAACCCCCCAGUGGAUGCAACCCCUGAUACCCGGGAGCUAGAACGCAAUGAGAUCAAGACACAAGUGGAACUGGCCACAGGGCGGCUGGGGCUUAGGCGGACGGCCCAGGAGCACAGCUUUCCUCAGGUGCUAUACCAGAGAGAACGGGGCCUCUGCCAUCAGGGAAGCUUCUCUCUUGGAGAACAGUCUCGAAUAAUGUCUCACUUCUUACCCAAUGAUUUGGGCUUCACUGACACCUAUUCUCAGAAGGCCUUCUGUGGCAUCUAUAGCAAGGACGGUCAGAUCUUCAUGUCUGCUUGCCAAGACCAGACAAUCCGACUGUAUGACUGCCGGUACGGACGCUUCCAUAAGUUCAAGAGCAUCAAGGCCCGAGAUGUAGGCUGGAGUGUCCUGGAUGUGGCCUUCACCCCUGACGGGAACCACUUCCUCUACUCCAGCUGGUCUGAUUACAUUCAUAUAUGCAACAUCUAUGGAGAGGGAGACACACACACUGCCCUGGAUCUCAGACCAGAUGAGCGUCGUUUUGCUGUCUUUUCCAUUGCUGUCUCUUCAGAUGGACGAGAAGUGCUAGGAGGGGCCAAUGAUGGCUGCCUGUACGUCUUUGACAGGGAACAGAACCGACGCACCCUUCAGAUAGAAUCCCAUGAGGAUGACGUGAAUGCUGUGGCCUUUGCCGACAUAAGCUCCCAGAUCCUGUUCUCUGGGGGUGAUGAUGCCAUCUGCAAAGUGUGGGAUCGACGCACCAUGCGGGAAGAUGACCCCAAGCCGGUGGGCGCACUGGCUGGACACCAGGACGGCAUCACCUUCAUUGACAGCAAGGGUGACGCCCGGUACCUCAUCUCCAAUUCCAAAGACCAGACCAUCAAGCUCUGGGAUAUCCGCCGUUUUUCCAGCCGCGAAGGCAUGGAAGCCUCACGCCAGGCUGCCACACAGCAAAACUGGGACUACCGCUGGCAGCAGGUGCCCAAAAAAGCCUGGCGGAAGCUGAAACUCCCAGGGGACAGCUCCUUGAUGACUUACCGGGGCCAUGGGGUGCUGCACACCCUCAUACGCUGCCGCUUCUCCCCGGCCCACAGCACUGGCCAGCAGUUCAUCUACAGUGGCUGCUCUACCGGCAAAGUGGUCGUGUACGACCUGCUCAGUGGCCACAUUGUGAAGAAACUGACCAACCACAAGGCCUGCGUGCGUGACGUCAGUUGGCACCCCUUUGAGGAGAAGAUUGUCAGCAGUUCGUGGGAUGGGAACCUGCGUCUGUGGCAGUACCGCCAGGCUGAAUACUUCCAGGAUGACAUGCCAGAGUCCGAGGAACACCACAAAACCCCCGCCCCAGUGUCCCACUCCUCUGCAGCCUUUUCCUCGCCCCAGUAGAUGUGAGCUCUAGCCCCAUACAUAGGUGAACCUCUUGACAAGCUCUCUGCCUCUUCUCCCUUUCUCCCUUCUGGGAGGGUGCUUGGGGAGACACAGGCAUUAGAUGGGGAGAAGCAGAGCCCAGGCUUUGGGCCCUUAGCUGAGUCCUGGAGGGUCUCCUAUGUGCUCACAUGCAGUUAGUGGGCUCUGUCUCUCAAUCAGGGCCUGGCAGGACUGGUACUAUCUGGGGUGUGGCCAAUACCAGCAGGACUGUCCUGAGUGUUUAAUCAUGUCCGAAUGUUAAGUGUUAGUUCUUCGAGUAGAUUCCAGUGGCCAGGUCUGACCUGAGCCACCAGCCAGGUCCAUUGUCCAGCCCUCAUGAAGUUGAGGACAAGACUGGCUGAGCAGUGGGAGGACCAGGCUUCCAGUGGUCCCAGUGGCUAGAGCUCUAAUCCUUUAGGGGAGGGUGGGCUGGUUAAGGUGCGCCCUCAGCACCUGUCAGGGUGGGGAUUUUGUCUUCUCUCUCACAUCUGGGUCUUUGGAGCAGCCCCUAGUGUGGGAGGCUUCCUGUGGCCCCACACAGGCCAGGCCAGGCCCUCCUGCCCAAUGUUCAGGCAUGUGGAGGCCAGCAGCUUCAAGGAGGGAUGUGAAGGGAUUCUUUCGUCCUCUCACUGGCUUUGACUUCUGCAAUAAACUCUCUAUGGCAA